AUGGCCAAUGCGGAAUCCCAUCCAAUGGCCUCCCUCCUCUCCCCGUGCGCAGCGCCCCCAUGUGAUCCCAUCGUCCAAUCCCAUCCCGUCAACUCGAGUGGGGCUCCGAGACGAGAGGAGGGAAAAAAGAAGAAGUCGCAAAGUCCAGGGAAGGAGAGGACCAUGCUGCCAUGCAACAACGCUACGCCGCAACGCCCAGCCCAGCCCCAAGCUCAGGCAAGGCCCAGCUGUCAGGGGCUGCCACCCAUCACUUUCUCCAGCUUUUCGACUUUCGCUCCCGUCCUACCGAGUACGCUCCUCUACUCUAUCUGUACAAAGCAUCGAUUUCCAAACUCAAAAAAACCACUAUCCGCACGAAAGCACGAGCACAGCCGACCAGACUACAGAAACAGCUACAUACAAGCACGAAAACAUACAUACCCUCCCGGCGAUCCGUGUGUGGGGAUAGGUACCGGUACUCCCUACUAG